AAAGGGCGGUUCUGAACGGGAAAAACUUGGCAAAUCAGAUAAGGAGAUGGAGGAAAGGCUCCAAUCCCGUAUUACGGCGGCGUGACGCGUUAUCCGGCGCUGGCUGGUGGUAGGGCUGUUUCCAGGCCUGGGCGCUGCAGGCAGUAGGAUCUGGGUGGUGAUGGAAUAACGGAGCCGGGCGGACGGGCGUGGCCGGGAUGCGAUGAGCACGUGAGUGCGGGGCUUGCACAGGGCGGCGACGGGUUGACGGUGAAGGCCGGAUGUUACAUUCAGGGCUCCGUGCAGGACCGGUCCCCUCAGUGUGCACGCUGCUGCUGCUGCUAGGUGAUUCAUGGCUGGGGACGUGGAAGGGUACUCUUCUUCAAUCCAUGGUAGCAGUGUCUCUGCUGGGUUCAGAGCACUAUAUGAAGAAGGCCUCUUGGUUGAUGUCACCCUUGUGAUAGAGGAUCACCAGUUCCAGGCACACAAAGCGCUGCUGGCCACGCAAAGUGACUACUUUCGCAUCAUGUUCACCGCAGACAUGCGAGAACGUGACCAGGACAAGAUCUACCUGAAGGGAUUGACGGCCACAGGCUUCAGCCAUGUCCUCCAGUUCAUGUACUAUGGUAACAUUGACCUUAGCAUGGCUACCGUCCAUGAAAUUCUGCAGGCCGCUAUGUAUGUGCAGCUCACAGAAGUAGUAAAGUUUUGUUGCUCUUUCCUCAUGGCUAAGAUUUGUCUGGACAACUGUGCAGAGAUCAUGAGGCUGUUGGAUGAUUUCAGUGUUGAUGUUGAAGGUAUCAAGGAGAAGCUUGACUCCUUUCUACUCGAAAACUUUGUACCCCUUAUGGCUAGGCCUGAGUUCCUCUCCUACCUUAGCUUUGAGAAGCUUAAGAGCUACCUGGACAAUGACCGCCUGAGCCGGUUCCCCGAGAUAGAGCUAUAUGAAGCUGUUCAGGCCUGGCUGCGACAUGAUAGGAGACGCUGGAGGCACACAGAUACCAUCAUUCAGAACAUCAGGUUUUGUUUGAUGACCCCAUCCAAUGUCUAUGAGAAGGUGAAAACUUCUGAAUUUUAUCGAUACUCGCGUCAGCUGAGGCAUGAGGUUGAGCAGGCACUAAAUUACUUUCACAAUGUAAGUGAACAACCCUUAAUUGAAAUAAAAUCCAACCACAUUCGCUCGGCUAAACCUCAGACUGCAGUAUUCCGAGGGAUGAUCGGACACAGCAUGGUCAACAGCAAAAUCCUCCUUUUGCACAAGCCUCGGGUAUGGUGGGAGCUGGAAGGUCCUCUGGUACCUCUGCGGCCUGACUGCCUUGCUAUUGUCAACAACUUUGUUUUCUUACUUGGAGGAGAAGAAUUGGGCCCAGACGGAGAAUUUCAUGCUUCGUCCAAAGUCUUCAGAUACGACCCACGGCAAAACAGCUGGGUGCGAAUGUCUGACAUGUCUGUACCUCGGUCAGAGUUUGCCGUAGGUAUUAUUGGCCGAUAUAUUUAUGCUGUAGCCGGGAGGACUAGAGAUGAAACCUUCUUCUCUACAGAGCGUUACGAUAUAGUAGAGAACAAAUGGGAAUUUGUGGAUCCUUAUCCAGUAAACAAGUAUGGCCAUGAGGGUACAGUUCUCAACAAUAAAUUGUUCAUCACUGGUGGGAUUACGUCGUCUUCGACAUCUAAGCAAGUUUGUGUUUUUGACCCAAGUAAAGAAGGGACUGUGGAACAGAGGACCAGAAGAACACAGGUGCUCUCAAACUGUUGGGAGAACAAGUGCAAAAUGAACUACGCCAGAUGCUUUCACAAGAUGAUAUCUUACAAUGGCAAACUGUAUGUGUUUGGUGGUGUGUGUGUUAUAUUAAGAGCUUCUUUUGAAUCCCAAGGUUGCCCCUCCACAGAAGUUUAUGAUCCCGAAAUGGAUCAGUGGACGAUCUUGGCAUCUAUGCCCAUUGGCAGGAGUGGCCAUGGCGUGGCUGUGCUGGACAAACAAAUCAUGGUGCUGGGUGGUCUGUGUUACAACGGCCAUUACAGCGACUCUAUUCUGACGUUUGAUCCGGAGGAAAACAAAUGGAAGGAGGAUGAAUAUCCCAGAAUGCCUUGCAAGCUGGACGGCUUACAAGUAUGCAGUCUACAUUUUCCAGAAUAUGUUUUAGAGCACGUGAAACGUUGCACUUAAACAUUAGCAAUUGAUAAACAAACUCCUGUUAGCAAUUUUAUUUAUUAUUUUUUACGUCUUAAGCAAAUCAGAUCUUUUACCCACUUUUUUGCUUUGUGUAAGGUAACUAUUAAAUGCUUUCAGUGAAACGUAAAGCAAUCCUAUCCGUUUUCAAAAGAAAUUGCCUAAAAUUUAGAAA